AGGUACUGGCAAGGUUUUAAAGUCCACAUAUCUGUCCCCAGUAAAAUUACUGAGCGCUCAUUGAGGAUGUAUGUAUUUUUGGAAGAGUGCUUUUGAAGUUCUACUGAAAGAAAGUAAUUGUUUCUGGAAAGAAUGGGAGAAGCAAGGAAAGAAGAACGGGUGUCUCCUGUCAAAAACUUUUUUGCUGGAGGAGUCGGGGGAGUGUGUCUGAUUUUAGCUGGACAUCCCUUGGACACUAUCAAGGUGCGUCUGCAGAUCCAACCAAAAGCUGCUCCGAACCAGGCAGUGCUGUACUCUGGGACCAUUGACUGCUUCAGAAAGACUGUGGCCAGAGAGGGGCUCCGGGGGCUGUAUAAAGGAAUGGGGGCUCCUCUGGCAGGCGUCACCCCCAUGACAGCGAUCAGCUUCUUUGGUUUUGGACUGGGCAAGCGUCUCCAGCAGAAGGAGCCAACUGACACGCUCACCUACCCACAGAUCUUUGCAGCUGGCAUGCUGGCUGGUUUCUUAACAACAUUCAUCAUGGCGCCAGGAGAAAGAAUCAAAUGUCUGCUGCAGGUGCAGACUCACUCUGGCACCCGGAAGUACUCUGGGCCGAUGGACUGUGCUGCGCAGCUUUACAAAGAGAUGGGAGUCCGCGGAGUCUACAAGGGCACUGUGCUGACACUCAUGAGAGACGUCCCUACCUCUGGAAUUUACUUCAUGAGCUACGAAUGGCUGAAAAAUAUCCUGACCCCUCAAGGCCAAAGUGUGAGCGAGCUGAGCGUUCCCAGGAUCCUCUUCGCUGGUGGGGUGGCUGGUCUCUUUAACUGGGCCGUGGCAUUACCCGCUGAUGUGCUGAAAUCCAACUUCCAAACAGCUCCUGAAGGGAAGUACUCUGGUUUCCGAAAUGUCUUGAGAGAGCUGAUCAGAGAGGAGGGACUGGGUUCGCUCUACAAGGGCUUCAGUGCCGUGAUGCUGAGAGCAUUCCCAGCCAAUGCGGCUUGUUUUCUGGGAUUUGAGAUCACCAUGAAAUUCCUCAACUGGCUGGCACCGAAUGCAUAACGAAUGCCAAGAUCCUGAGCCGCUGUCUUUGGGGUCCCUCUGGAACAGAUCAUAAAGGAUGAGCACAACAGGCUCAGCUCCUGGAACACUCCUACACGUGGUCAUGUGCUUCCUGGGGCAGGGUGUUUAGUUUUAGGAAGCAUAUUAGGGAUCCCUACUGUGAUUUUUAUAUUGCACACAAUCAGUGCUGAGAGACUCUCAUACCUGCGGACCAACACAGAGGGAUUGAGACGCGCUUUCAGUCAAGUUCCAGCCUGUGCAGAACGAUCAUUUAUUUUAGCUAGAGAAAUCCUCACAUGCACAUUCCCAUUUUAAGUGGUUGCAGCAACAGGACAGUUCCACAAAUCUUUGGACUUCCACAAGCUGCGCAGGGCUCAAAGGUGCCGUUAUGAAAGAAACAAGUUAAAUGCAAAAAUGCAUUCAUUUUAAAAUCAUGAGAACAUUGUACUACAUCAGGGUAAAGAAAGGUCUUCGUUUCUGUGCCUCAGGAAAUAUGUUUGCACUUCCUUGCGCAUAUGACCUCAGCAGUAUCUUCAUCGAGGUAUGUUACUGGCUGUAAGAAUGUCAAUCAAUAGGGGAAGGUAGCUGGUUGGUUAAUGACAGGAAAGAGGCUGUCAAAGGGGUGUGGAAAAUUUCAUCCUCUAACACUAUCUGAAAACACGGCUUUAAAACAGAUUAAUUUAACCUAAUAAAAUAUUAUAACACAUGUUUCUUUGAAAACAGCACUUAGAAAAAAUAUAUAAAAAAUGAAAGUGGAACAUGUCAAAAUUAAUAUUUGUAGAAUACAUUUUGUUAGCUACAAUCCAUUUAAAAACACCUAAAGGACACAUACAAAAUCUCAAAGCAAACAAGUUAUUUCAAUACAGAUACCCCUUUGAUUCAAUGUAAGGUUUAUAUUUUUACAUGUAUUAUAUGGUUACACCUCCAUCUUCAAUUUGCCAUGUCUCAAAGCUAUUUUCAGUUGUUCAGUAAACAGUGAUUUGUUGUGU